AUGACAGAAAUACCAACAAUUAUAGAAACCUCUGAAACUGAAUCGUUCUCAGAAAGAGCGCAUGUACCUGACGACACUGCCUCGCUCGAUGAUUUGUUUGCAGAUUUGAAAAAGGAAUCACGAUCUCUCCCAACCGUUAAAGACUUCAAGUCAAUUGAAAAGUCCAUACAAAGCUUGCCUAGAAUAAAUGCCAACUUAGAAACAGCCCUACAAAAAAAACCUAUCAGGAUCCAUGACCCAGUAAUACCACCGAAAAAGAAGACUACAGAAACGUCUGAUGAAAGAUGGUUCAAUAUGAAACAGCCAGAAAUGACUCCUGAAAUUAAGAGAGAUUUACAAAUCAUAAAGCAAAGAAGUGCUUUAGACCCAAAAAGACACUAUAAAAAGGAUAAAUGGGAAAUCCCGAAAUUCUUCCAGAUGGGAACAAUCAUCGAAGGUAAUACCGAAUUCUACUCCUCGAGAUUAAAGAGAAAAGAGCGUGGUAAAACUAUGGUCGAAGAGUUGCUACAUGACGAUACCACCAAGAAAUACUUCAAGAGAAAGUAUCAUGAAAUACAGCAAACAAAAACCAGUGGCCGUAAAGGUUUUUAUAAAAAGGUUAAAAAUGCUAGGAAAAAAUAUUAA